CGAAAUCUGGAAGUGCCUUCUUCAAUUACAAGGGUACUUUCUCCAUUGUGCUGAUGGCCGUGGUCGACAGCUCUUCGAAGUUCGUGCUGGUCGAUAUUGGGGCAGAGGGCCGCCAGAGUGACGGUGGAGUGUUCAAGAACACGAAGUUUGGGAAGGCCCUAACCGAAGGGCAGCUUGACAUCCCCUCACAGGGGCAGCUCCCAGGCACCACAAAGGUGGCGCCGUACGCUUUCGUCGGGGAGGAAGCGUUCCAGCUGUGGCGCGACUUUAUGCACCCUUUCCCUGCUAGACUCCUUGAAGAUGAACGAAGAGUGUUCAAUUACAGACUAAGCCGAGCACGGAGGUGUGCUGAAAACGCCUUCGGCAUCACAGCGGCCAGGUGGCGCAUACUGCUCCGCACCAUUCAGCUUCUCCCCAAGAAUGUGGAUUAUGUAGUGAAGGCAGCAUGUGUACUGCAUAAUUUCUUAGCGGUCCUAAAUGAGGAAUCGGACCAGAUCCUCGACCAAGAGGACAGGUUCGGAAAUGUGGUUCCAGGACGGUGGAGGCAGGGCAUCCAGCAGACGUCGGGGCAGGGGCAUGUGGACCCCUGCUAUUUCCCACUUCAGGGAUCCCAGUCACGGAACUUCAGUGCAGAUGCUGCGGAUGCCAGGACGCUUUUCUCGGCCUACUUUUGCAGCAGUGCUGGAGAGGUACCGUGGCAGUGGCACCAGCCCGGAGUCUCCAAACAAGAGGCCCUGAAGCGCUUGGAAGAGCAGGGGCUUCACCCAUUUUGCUGA